AUGGAUUCAACAAAUCCUUAUGAAACUUUCAACUACAUGUUUGGAAGCGGUGCAACCGAGCCCCAGGGUUUAGCUGCCCCGAGUGCUCACCACCUCCAACAACAGCAUCACCAUCUCCAACCGCUGACUUCUAAAGUCACGCUAGAAGAUGUCACUGGGUUUGGCCAAACUCACAACUCUGCUGAUUUUCACCACCAACACGCGAACCAGUUAAGCAUGACGGCAGCGGGACCCACUACCACAACCGUUUCUGUUUCUUCAAAUGUGGCCGAUCUUCAAAAUCCCUUCAAUCUUAACGGUCUUUCUGCAGUAGCCACGACUAUACCACAGAAUUAUCAAAGCAAUAUCAUUGCCAAUGGUGGCAGAGACUCAGGUAGCAGUAGCAGUAGUAAUAGCAGCUCAGGUAGCGGUAGUAACACAAUCAACUCAAACUCUAGCAUUCUCAGCAACAGCUCCAACCCCAACACCGGCUCGGCAGGCAACCCAUUUCUUUCAGUCACGACACCUGCGCAAGCAGUAUCGCAAUCAUUGAUGGUUAAUGGAGGAUAUACAGAGACUUCAAAUAAUAAUCAAUUUUCUUCUCAGCUUUCAAGUUCUUAUGGAAACACUUUGACGCUGCCGCUUGAGUCUGCGCAGCCCGUAGCUGGAGAUGCUGGCUAUUCGUAUGCUUCUGGCUUGUUGUCAUGGCAACACCACAAUGAAAACGCGCUGGCGUCUCACCAAAAUAAUAAUAGCCACCACUCGCAAGAGCAACAACAAGACCAGCACCAUCAGCGUAAGUCUUAUGUAAUGAGAUCCCGUGCAGACCCUAACCCGAUAACCGUUUUUUCUUUAGAAACGCCGCACCACCACCAGCUAUCUCCCGCCACUACUGCCUCCGCCACAACGACCCCCACUACAAAUGUCAAUCUCGCAACGGCCGCUGCAGCCGCAGCUGCAAAUGCUCUAGCCCUGGGCUACGCGUCCCGCGUCACACAAUCUCUCAACAACCACCCGUUGAUUUCUUCUUCUGCAUCGUCACAAGCACCGGCUUCGGAGUCCGGGCUUACUGCUACGCAACUUCGUCAGCAACAGAUUGACCUUGAAAACAGAGCGUUACUGGGAUCCCUAAUGGGUUCAUCAACAUUUUCUCAUUCAGAUGAAAUCCCUCCAUCAAUUGACUCUACAUCAUCCCAGUCUACAGCUGAAUCUACUCUAGCUAGCUCAAACCAGUUCUCGAUUAUGCCUAACUCAAACUACUUUAAUAUCUCUUUGGCUAAUCAAUAUCCCGAUCUUCAGUCUCAACAAAAGCAGCAGCAGCAGCAAAAUCAAAAUCAAAAUCAAAAUCAACAGCUGCAAAAACAACAGUCAUCUAUAAGUCAUGCUUUUGAUUUGUAUCAACAACAGAUGUAUGAUUCCACAAUAAAUCUCAUGGAAAAUAGUCCGUCAAUGCCAAUAAUAAUAAGCGAUGAUAUGGAUCCAUCAAUUGACACGGAAAAUGGUUCUACUUUUUCUCCCCAGUCAUUAGAACAGGCACUUAAACUUCAACCGAUAGCUAAAAAACGAACCCUCCCUGAACCUGAGAGAGACCCAUACCCUUCCAAAAAGCUCAAGUCCAUGUCUACAGAUCUUUCGGAAUCGUCGCGUGUAAUUUUUGAGUCCAAGCCUUUGGCCGAUCAAAUCAAACUUCGAUUUCAAGCAGUGUUUAUGACUUACAUUAAAAUGGGUUCAGUAGCUGAACUUGUUGAUCGGUUUUCUAAGCUUCUACUAGAAAUCGACACGUCAGGUGACCAGAUUCCAGACCCAGACCCAUUUUCGAUUGCAUUUGAGGUUGCGCUAGAAAACAACCUUGAAUUGUUUUGGACCGGUAUGCGGUCUCAAAGCCUUGUUAUUACACGGUGUCGUGUUUGGAUUGCUAAGCUGUUCAAAGCACGCCACUGGGACCAAGCUACAACAAUUCUAAACGCAUUAUUGAAAAUGUCAUUGACACAGUCUCAUUUGGAGACGUUUAAACUUUCUAGAUUACUACUGAUCAUUUGCAAGAAAAACGAGAAUCCAGCAGCUCGGAAGGCUGCAGAAAUGUUAUUACAACGUGCUGAGCAACUAACUGAGCUCAAUUCAAGACCUUCCCAAAAUGGUAUUUCUGGAAGUCCACUAGCUUCUGCUUCAGAUAUACUUAAAGCUGCUUCAUCUCGUAGUAAAAGAUUAUCUCCUUCACCAGGUCCCACUGCAACCAAAGUUAAUUCCACCAAGCCGCUUCAACCAAUUGAACCCAUAACCAGUAGCUCUCGCAAACGAGCCAAAGCUGAAUCUACAGUCACUAGCAACACAGUCCCAGCAGCUCCAAGUACUACAUCUACAGCUACAUCUGCAUCUAGAAAAAGACUUCCUACUAAAGAGAUUAAUAAGAAAGCUCCUUUAAAUUCUGCAAUGACGCUCAAGACAAAAUCCUCGACAAGUACUGCAGCGUCUUCUCCCACAUCUUCGUCUCGCACUUUUACAAUCCCAAGACGAUCACAAACAACUGCCGAAUCAAAACCUGCUACAACUGUUACUGCAACAUCUUCAGCUUCAGCUUCAUCGUUAUCAUCUUCAUCUGCACCCGCUCCAACCAGUCUAGCAUCUUCCUUUUUUAAAGCACUUAAGCCCCAUAAGGCAUCAGCACCCCUUUCUUCUAAGCCAGCUCCUACCUCAACAUUUUCUUUGCAAAAUCACUUGAAAAUUAUUCGGGGGGCGGCCAAAAAACCUGAUGUUAAAGAAGAGGAAAAAGAGGAUCGUAAUAGUUCUAGCAAUAGCAAUAGCAAUAACUCGAGUAGUAAUGGCACCAGUAGUACCACGUUGCGCAAAAAGCGAAAGCGUGUUCACUGGAAAGAAGAUGAUAAUUUGGUUCAGGUCAAGGAAUUUUAUCUUGAUCCCGAAGAGGCUGCUGCUAAGCGGUCUGCACUUGGCAUGAAGCCUUUAGAUUUUAAUGAAGCCAAGAAUGCAUUUGCAAUGUUCCGUGAGACUCCUGAAAAUGUGGAAAUGAUAGAAUGGUAUACGCCAGUUCCUUUUGAGGAUUACCCCGGAUGUGAAGAUGUUUCAAUCCCGCGUGGUGGCAGACGACCAGUUGAAAGCUAUGAAGCUGAAAUUCAGCGACGUGCCGAAGAAGAAAGGCUAAUUGCUAUUUAUCUUAAUGAUUCUCAAAUUCCAGAAACCCCCAACGAGUCUCUAGUGGACCGAACCCAGCCCAGCGAUGAUACUUCAGAAACUAAAAUCAUUCCCCUUGCUGAUGAACUUGCAAGCCACCCACUUCUCAAUGGCGGCAGCCCUGUAAAUGAUGACGACGAUGAUUACGACCCUAGUGCGUUCUCAUUACGGCAAGCAUCAUCAACACCUAAUCCAGACAUGGAUGCAAUUAAAUCUCUUUUGGAUGGGCUUAAAAAGACGGUGGGCACAAGUAAUGGUGGUGGUGGUAACAAAAACGUGGGCAAUAAUAACACCUGGUCUGGUAACCAGGCUCCCCCUAUCCCAGCAGAAGCUCUUUUAACACAUUUAACACCUUUCUUAAACAAUGGCCCCAAAAAUUCGACAGAUAAUGGAACCCCGUCACCCGAAAAAAAGCAGUCGCGGUGGGUCAAUAAUAACUCGACGCUGACGCAAAAGCACCUAGAACUUCGGUCUAAAGAUGUGCGACCCUUCGUUCGCAGCGACCAAACGACAAUGGACAAAUGGAAAUUCCCUUGUCAUUUCUUUAAAGACCACUGUGACAACGGUGAUCAAUGCACAUAUUUGCAUUUACCUAAUUGA